AUGGUUGAAAAAUGGAUAGAUAGUAAUAACUUUGAAAAUCAGGAUCCUAUGCUGUUAAACAGUGAGACUUCAGAAACAGUAAAUACACCCAUUAUAACUGCAUCGGAUACAGAUGAUAUUACGGUUGAGAAAUGCACAGACAGCAAUGACUAUAAAAUUCAGAAGCCUAUGUUAGUGGAUAUUUCGGACGGAGUAAACCCACCCAUUAUAAAUAAAACCUCAGGUAAUGAGGAUUCCGAUUCCUUAAAUAAUGGAGAUUUUUCACCAUCAGAAGGUUCAGAAUAUAAGCCUCCAAGUCGUGCGAGGGAGAUUGAACGCAACACUAGAUCCUCCCAACCUAGAAACUUGUCAAGUUCUUCUAGUUCCAGCAAUAGCUCUUCUAGUUCCAGCACCAGGUCGCCUCAGCCUAUUACGGUUGAUUUGGAAAAUGAUGAAGGUAAUAUUGAAACAGAACCAACUUUCCGCACAAAUGAGGAUAAUGUUGUCCUAGAAUCGAAUAGAAAACGGUCUAGAAAACGUCAAAGAAAUAUGAGUGAGUGGAAACAAGUUAUAUCGAAGCGUUUAAAGAACAGUGGCCUAGAGUAUAUAACAAAGAGAGGAAAAGUUGUGGCAGCAAAAUCUAUUCUUCCUCCUUGCACUAACAAAUGCCGACUAUCGUGUUCCACUAAAGUUUCUUCUGAAAAGAGGAACAUCAUUUUUAAAUCCUACUGGGAACUGGGAACACAUCAAAGACAAAGAGAUUUUCUAGCGUCCUGUGUCAAACAAAUUCAUCCUGCAACCCGAAGAGUCACAGUCACUGUUAAUAGCACCUGUAAAGAACCAAGAAAACCAAACUCGAGCUUCUACUUUAUAAUAGAUGGAAAAGAAGUUAGGGUUUGUCGGACAUUUUUGCUAAAUACAUUGGUUAUUGGUGAAAAAACUUUACGAAAUGUAAUUGACAGUGUAUCUAUUCAUGCUUUGAGUGUGAGUUUUACUGAUAAACGUGGAAAACACGGCAAACAUUGUAAACUUACUGAUGAAGAAAUACAAUCAGUUCAUGACCACAUAAAUUCGAUCCCACGAACGGAGAGUCAUUACCUAAGGGCGAAUACAACCAGAGAAUACAUAGAUGGAAGUCUGACUAUAGCUGAGCUCCAUCGCAGUUAUCAAAGACUCAGACAAGAAGCUGGUAGACCAGCCGUCAAUUACGACGCUUACCAUCGAAUCUUCAACACUGAUUUUAAUUUAGGCUUAUUUGCACCUCGUAAAGACCAGUGCGACGAAUGCGAAGCCUACAAAAACGCUGUCGACAAAGAACCAUUGAUGGAUAAGCAUAAAUUACACCUUGAGGAAAAAAGUCUGGCCCGAUUGGAACUUGAAAAGGACAUAGAACAAAGCAAACAGAUAGAUUCGAAUAAUAUAGUAGCCAUAUUCGACCUACAGGCAGUCUUACCAUGUCCUAUUGGCCAAUCGUCAGCUUUCUUUUAUAAGUCAAAGAUUAACUGCUACAAUUUCACGGUUUCAAAUAUCAACGAUGACACAACAUUAUGCUUUUUCUGGCAUGAAGGUCUCGCAAAACGUGGAGCUAAUGAGAUAGGGACAUGCGUCUACAAGUUUCUGGAAGAACUUAGUCACAAACAACGUGAUAAAGACAUCAUUUUAUAUUCUGAUAAUUGCUGUGGGCAGCAGAAGAAUAAAUUCGUUUUCGGAAUGUAUUAUUAUGCUGUUAAUACAUUGCCCAUCAAAUCAAUUACUCACAAAUUCCUCAUUAGAGGACAUACUCAGAAUAAAGCUGACUCUGUUCAUUCCGUCAUUGAGAAGAACAUUAAACGGGCAAAGAAAGCAGGUCCUAUAUACUCUCCAGUCGAAUAUAUAAGUCUCAUCAGAAACGCAAAAAAAAGCGGCGACAAAUUUAUAGUCAAAGAAAUGAACUUCGAUUUAUUCUUUGAUUUAAAGCUGUUAGCUGAUGAAGUCAACUUGAAUCUUAACAAAGAUAUUGAGAGAAAUAAUGUCAAAUUAUCCGAAAUGAAAGCCAUAAAGUUCACAAAAAGGUCAGAGACAUACCAAUUCAGAAACAGCUAUAAAUCAGUCGUCUGGACAAAAGCGAAUGUCAAAAUAGGCCGGACUGCUAAUAGAAAACAACUGAAAGACAUUACAUUAAAUGUGUUGUACACUGAAAAGUUGCCGAUCCCCGAUCGGAAAAAAGAAGACAUUCGUCAACUGAUUGCUUCAAACAUUGUUCCAAAAUUCUAUGAACAAUUUUAUAAUGGUUUAUUUUAA